GGAUGCCCCUGAGCGGGAUACCACCACCACCAACACCAACACCGAUAUAUCGUGGGGGUCCCACGGCCCUAGAGACGUCUGCGGAUCUGGAGCAGUACCUAAGCACAACGAAUGCAGCAGAGCCCCAAGCAGGGCCAGUUCUAAAAGCAGUCAGAGCACAUGGAGCGCCCAAAGUAUCCGAAAGCGGGGGUAAGAAACCAGGUACGCCUAGGUCUGUGCCUAGGCCCUGGACAAAACCUACGCAAGCAAUUCCAGGCUCUAGCAGAAUCACCAGGGGAUCAGGAGCUCGAACGCCAGAUGUAGCUAGAGUCAAUAGCCUAUGUUAAUCAAAG